UCCGGGUGAGCACUAUUUAGGAAGCAAGCCUAGCGUAUUUCAGUCCCGGUGGAUAGCUUGUAGAAGAGAACGUCGAAGUGGGUAAAACAUCCUUGAUAUCAAGCAAUGUCAUACUAUUGUAGGAAUGUCUUGUUGACGUCAGACGCAACCACAUGGCGGUCGCAGUAACGUUUUGUUUGACUCGUCGUACAACUUUUUCCGCCCUUCUGACCUCUAAUUUUUCACACCAGGAUACGCCUUUGUCAGUCACUUAUUCGGGGUGGGAUGUUUCACAGACAGACUUUUAGACUUAGAGCUACGUUACAGGACAAACAUGAGGCUAGAUUUCGGGGCUCUGUACUGCAUGGUUGGUUUGAAAGUUUGGUGUAUUUCAGGUGUCUUCUGCACCAGUGACAGUUCUCGCCUGAGGAAGGAUCUGUUGGAGCUUUACGACAAGAGCGCCCGUCCGGUCAAGAAAGACUCUUCCCUUGUCACUGUGGAGUUCGACAUUGGACUCCGGCAGAUACUCGAUCUGAACGAACAGGAUGAAAUUCUUCAAACUCUGGUGUGGAUGCGACUGUACUGGAAGGAUGAGUUUCUGAACUGGAAUGUUAGUGACUAUGGCGGCCUCCAAAAGACAUCAUUUCCCUCUAGUGAAAUUUGGAGGCCAGACAUUUUUCUCCUGAAUACUGUAGAUAGUCGCACCCGGGGCAGUCUGCAGACCGUGACUGACAUCAGUGUCACCAGUGACGGGGCUGUGUCAUGGCGACAACCUGACAUACUCAAAAGCUCAUGUGGCGUUGACGUCAGUUACUUUCCUUUCGACCAACAGACCUGUACACUAGAGUUUGCCUCCUGGAUCUACAAUGGUGAGGAGUUGGACGUCACUGUACGAUCAGACGAUAUUGACGUCUCUGCCUAUCAGGAGAGCGACCAGUACGCCCUCAUCAGCGCUAUGGCAACAAGGAAUGUAACAAUCUACAAGUGCUGCCCACAUCAGUACCCAAGUGUUGUCGUGACCCUCCGUUUGAAGCGGCUGCACCUGUUCUAUCUUGUUAACAUGGUGGUGCCGUGCAUCGACCUCUUGAUUCUCAACAUCGUAGCUUUCUUCAUCCCACCGGACACCGGAGAGAGACUGGGCUUCACCAUCACCAUUCUCCUGGCAUUGGUCGUGUUUCAGCAGAUCCUGACUCAACAGCUACCCGCCACCUCCAGGGCAACUCCCCUUCUUGGUACAUGA